AUGCGAGGGGCGAUGGUCGCCGGGCGGGGGGCGUUGAUCGGGGGUCGUGGGGAGGGUCGCGAUCGGUACUCCCUUGUUGGGGGCGACGACGAGGGGACAGAUUAUUGUGUGGUGGAUGGCGGCGAGGAGAUGGAUAUAUGUCUGGAUGACGACGAGGAGGAGGAUUCAUAUGUGGUGAACGGCGAGGAAACAGUACACUGGGAGGCGACGCUGGACGAUCAGGAGUGGGACGUGCCGUCGGAUGGAGAGGAGGAGGAAGAGCUGGAGGGGAGGGUGUACGCGGGGGGCCGGGAGGAGGAGAGGGGGGGGGUAUGA